GUAUAUUCAGGCUGCCACCUCACCAAAGGACAUUAUCAUUGUGGUGGACAUCAGUGGCAGUAUGAAGGGCUUGAAGAUGACCAUCGCCAAACACACCAUCAACACCAUCCUGGACACACUGGGGGAGAACGACUUUGUCAACGUCAUCGCUGUGAGUCAACCCUCCAGUAAACACCAAUAGCCAACCAAUCUCAAACAGGGUCUUCUGAUUUCCAUGGAUUGAAAUAUGAAAGAUUCACCCCCAUCCUCAGUUGAUCUUUGGUUGACUAAGACAUUACCAUUACACCAUCACACCUUAACACAUUACCCGUUGUACCACAAUACUGUUGCAUUGCAACACUGUUACACUGUUGCCAGGACUACAGCCUGACUUGAUAAGACCUGUGCUAACUCCAACCCUGCCUUGUCAUCUUUUCUCCCCACAGUACACUGACUAUGUGCGCUAUGUAGAGCCCUGCUUCAAAGGCACUCUGGUGCAGGCUGAUUUGGACAACCGAGAGGUAAGUCCAUUAUCUGCUUAAUGUAAGCUGUGGCCACUAAGCCACAGAGCCCUUACCUCUCAGCAGGGCUCUAGCAACUCAAAGUGUUAGAUUAUGACAUUACGCCCCUAUGGAGGUGUAAGCGUGAGUGGCCCCCUUGGCUGUCAGGCUUGCUUCUGGGCUAUGUGUGGCAUAGUUGCCUCCACCUCUUGGCCUAGUUCCUACUUCUUGCAUCAGACCAGUGUGAAAUCAGAGAGUAUUCCAGGUCAGCUGUCACUCACAACAACCAUCAGCCUACAUCCAAACUAUGAAAUAACACAUAUGGAAUCAUGUAGUAACCCAAAAAGUGUUAAACAUAUCAAAAUAUAUUUUAUAUAUGAGAUUCUUCAAUGUAGCCACUGUUUGCCUUGAUGACAGCUUUGCACACUCUUGGCAAUGCUUUUCCAACAGUCUUGAAGGAGUUCCUACAUAUGCUAAGCACUUGUUGGCUGCUUUUCCUGCACUCUGCAGUCCAACUCAUCCCAAACCAUCUCAAUUGGGUUGAGGUCGGGUGAUUGUGGAGGCCAGGUCAUCUGAUGCAGCACUCCAUCACUCUCCUUCUUGGUCAAAUAGCCCUUAAACAGCCUGGAGGUGUGUUGGUUCAUUGUCCUGUUGAAAAACAAAUGAUAGUCCCACUAAGUGCAAACCAGCUGGGAUGGCAUAUCGCUGCAGAAUGCUGUGGUAGCCAUGCUGGUUAAGUGUGCCUUGAAUUCUAAAUAAAUCACAGACAGUGUCACCAGCAAAGCACCCCCACACCAUCACACCUCCUCCUCCUCCAUGCUUCACGGUGGGAACCACACACGCGGAGAUCAUCCGUUCACCUAUUCUGCAUCUCACAAAGACACAGCGGUUGGAACCAAAAAUCUCCAAUUUGGACUCAUCAGACCAAAGGACAGAUUUCUACCGGUCUAAUGUCCAUUGCUCGUGUUUCUUGGCCCAAGCAAGUCUCUUCUUAUUAUUGGUGUCCUUUAGUAGUGGUUUCGUUGCAGCAAUUCAACCAUGAAGGCCUGAUUUCACGCAGUCUUCUCUGAACAGUUGAUGUUGAGAUGUGUCUGUUACUUGAACUCUGUGAAGCAUUUAUUUGGGCUGCAAUUUGAGAUGCAGUUAACUCUAAUUAACUUAUCCUCUGCAGCAGAGGUAACUCUGGGUCUUCCUUUCCUGUGGCGGUCCUCCUGAGAGCCAGUUUCAUCAUAGCACUGACAUUUUCCGGAUUGACUGACCUUCAUGUCUUAAAGUAAUGAUGGGCUGUCGUUUCUCUUUGCUUAUUUGAGCUGUUCUUGCCAUAAUAUGGACUUGGUCUUUUACCAAAUAGGGAUAUCUUCUGUAUACCACCCCUACCUUAUCACAACACAACUGAUUGGCUCAAAUGCAUUAAGAAGGAUAGAAAUUCCACAAAUUAACUUUUAACAAGGCACGCCUAUUAAUUGAAAUGCAUUCCAGGUGAAUACCUCAUGAAGCUGGUUGAGAGAAUGCCGAGAGUGUGCAAAGCUGUCAUCAAGGCAAAGGGUGGCUACUUUAAAGAAUCUCAAAUAUAAAAUAUAUUUUGAUUUGUUUAAUACUUUUCUGGUUACUACAUGAUUCCAUAUGUGUUGUUCCAUAGAUUUCAUGUCUUCACUAUUAUUCUACAAUGUAGAAAAUAGUAAAAAAUUAAGAAAAACCCUGUAAUGAGUAGGUGUGUCCAAUAAAAUGUAUUGAUAAAUCAGUCCAUACGAUUUUAGCUUGCAGAAUUUGUGCAUAGGCAGUGCACUGUGUGAGAGGUAUAACCUCCUAAAAAGUUAGAUACAAUCUGUCAAUCAAUCACUCUAUGUCCAUAUACUGUACCAUAGCAGUAAUCAUAUAGUAAAAUGAGUGAGGGGGCAGGCAUGGAGGCAGGCAGGGAGGGAGGGAAGCAGGCAGUGAGGCAGGCAGACAGGCCAGUUGACUUUGCACUUGGGGCUGAUAGGUUUAUGAGCAGAGCCGCUAAUGUUUUCCUGGGUUUUAACCACCUAGCAUCUGCUCCUACAUCCUACAACCAUAUCUUCUCAGGAACAUUCUGGAAGCCUCUGGCACCAUAAUGGGUAUAACCUCUGGAAUGAGGUACAGACUAUGGUUACCCUUAGGACCUAGAAUAAUUACUCUCUCUUGUUAAGGUUAACCAUGCCUGUGAAGUUACCAGGUGUGUUAAGUAAACAAACGUACAGUAAUACACAUUUGAAACUCCUUAUUUGCAUUAUAGUUUUUCCUUAAUCAUUCAAUUAAUCAAAUACCAUUGGAAUAGUGUGUUUAAUAAAAUUGUCACAAAGUGCUUAAUAGCCAGCAACCAGUGACAGCAAACAGGUCACAUAAAAACUCCCUUGGUAUUCAGUCAACUGGACUGGUUUAUUUGACCUUACACUGUCUUGUCCUGUGCUGUCUUGUCCUGUCCUGUCUUGUCCUGUCCUGUGCUGCAUAAUUGAUAAUUGUCUGUACUUCACAUUGUAUUCUCACCAUAAAAAGUGCUGACGCAAUCUCUCUCUCUCUCUCUCUCUCUCUCUCUCUCUCUCUCUCUCUCUCUCUCUCUCUCUCUCUCUCUCUCUCUCUCUCUCUCUCUCUCUCUCUCUCUCUCUCUCUCUCUCUCUCUCUCUCUCUCUCUCACACUGUCCAGCAUUUUAAGGUGCUGGUGGAUGAGCUGCAUGUCAAGGGAGAGGGCAAAGUUGCAAAGGCCAUGAAGGAAUCGUUCAAAAUCCUGAACGAGGUUUGCCUCCAGCACACACACAAACACACACACAAUCACAUACAUAACAACCCCCCCACACACACAUACUUCCACACAAAUGCUGUUGGCCGAGUAUCAGUCCUUCCCUGUGUGGUUCUUCCUCCCAGGCAGCGACCAAGGGCCAAGGCAGCCUGUGCAACCAGGCCAUCAUGCUGAUCACAGAUGGAGCCAUGGAGGACUUCAAGGACGUGUUUGAAGAGUUCAACUGGCCUGAUCGCAGGGUACUGUAGGGCAAAACUACUAUUUACUCUAUUUGAAUAACUACACACCCACUUGACCUACAUAAAUACUUAUUUACGGUACUAUUCUUCUCUAUUUCCCUACUGACCCAGAAAAGCUAGGUCUAUAAUAGAGGACAUUACUGUAACAGCCUUAUCAGUGUAAUAUGUUCAGUAUUUACUCAAUGAACUUACUGAAUUGAAAAUCAGUCUCCAAUACUGUCUCUUUCAGGUGCGCCUCUUCACUUACCUAAUAGGCAGAGAGAUGACCUUUGCAGACAACACCAAGUGGAUCGCCUGCAACAACAAGGGUUACUACACACACAUCUCCACUCUGGCUGAUGUACAGGAGAAUGUCAUGGAGUACCUUCAUGUCUUGAGUCGACCAAUGGUCAUCAAUCACAAUCAUGACAUAAUCUGGACAGAGGCCUACAUGGACACUGUGGUGAGUACGGCAGCUAUACUUACCCAGUGUGCUUUGCCUAAUAACUGCAUUCUGCCUUUCUUACAGAACUGCACUUUUUUGGGCUUCAAAGGCAAAGCAUUAUUGUUGCAUUUGAUUUAACUCCAUGAUUGUCACCUCAUAUUGUCAUGUUUGAAAGUCAACUGUCUACUGUAUUCUCAUGUGUGCUGUCAGUUACAUUAGUUCAUUCAUUCUGUGUAUCUGUGUUGUUCAUGAGUCCUCCCUAUGUUUGUCUUCUGUCCUGCUACUGUGCUCAUUCUCUCAUCUCACCUCACCUCUAUCACUGGACCUGACACUCACUCACUCACACUGACAGCUACCCAAUACGAAGGAGGUAAAAAGAGACUAGCCACUGUGGGAAAUACAGCUUGUCUACUAGUGAAGCUCUUUUAGUGCAUUCCACUUCUGUUUAGGCUUUUUUGGUAAUAGUGAAUGUAUUCUCCCAAGCUUAAGAUCAUCAACUGCAGUUGUAUGGACACCCUCUAGUGCAGCAAGUUUUUAUUGCAGGUAUUAGUAGUCAACAAGUAGUAGUAGUACCAGAACCAACAGCUUUUUGAUUUGGUUUAGGAUUAAAAAAAUGCAUAAAUAUGUGUUAACUCUGCCAUUUCUCCUUUAGCUCUUUGCCACAAAGUCUCAAAGUUUACUUCUCAUGACCUCCGUGGCAAUGCCUGUCUUCAGCAAGAAGAAAGAGACGGUCAGUGGACUGAAAACCUUUGUCAGAAUUAAAUAUAUAUUAAACAUAGGCAUGGUGGUAAUCAAAGUAACAACAGUAGAAGUUGCAAUUGUAGUCUCAUGCCCCAGACACUUCUUCCCUUAUAGCCUGGGGGAUGAGGUCAAAACUGUAGUAAAGUAGAGCUAUAAAAGGUAUGUGUUAUAUGUUUGAACCAGGUUAAGCAGCUCACUUUGUGUACUGUACAGCAGUGUUGCAGUGACAUGUUACAGUAGUUGUUGCCAUUACAAGUCUUAUAAACCCUUCUCUCCCCCUUUAUCCUCCAGCUGUCCCAUGGGAUCCUGCUGGGUGUGGUAGGUUCUGACAUCCCCCUGCUGGAGGUCAUGAAGCUGGCUCCCAGAUAUAGGCUGGGUCCCCAUGGUUAUGCCUUCCUCAUCACCAACAACGGUUACAUCCUGGCACACCCUGACCUACGACCUCUUGUGAGUCCAGCUGCUGUAGAGCUUGUGCUGGUUUCUGACUGUAGUCACUACUAUAUAAUUACAGUCACUACUAAUACUACUACAGUCCCUAUAUCUACUACUCUAGACAUGACUGCAGUCACCAGUGCUGCUACCGCAGUAAGAACUACUACAACUCUGACCUGGGCUCAAAUCAAAUCUUUCAAAUACUUGUUGUUUGUGUUUCAGGCUUCCUAGAGUGCCAGUUGGUCUAUUACGUUCAACCAACACACAAUAAUUAUCACACACUUCUACGCUGUUGCUUUAUUUCCAUUUUUAAUAUAGAUCAUAUCGAUUUGAUGUUGUCGAUUUUUUUGUAAUAUAAAUGAUUUGAAUGAAAGUGGGAAAAGACAAAUCACAAUGGUAAAUGAAAGACUGAGCAGUAUAAAAUGAGAGAAUCAACUCCACAACAUCCUGAAACAUACAGUGGCCAAUAGCAUUCACAUGAACACACACUUCAAACAUGUAACCUUAUUAAAAGCACAUAUAGUAGGGCCUGCCUUGUUGAUAGUGUUGUUAAAAAGGCAGAGCAGUGCUUUAUUAUGGACAGACUUCUCCCCAUCUUAGCUACUGUUGUAUUUUGACCAUGACAGCUUACAAUCCAGGGUUACUCCAAGCAGUUUAGUCACCUCAACAUGCUCAAUUACCACAUUAUUUAUUACAAUAUUUAGUUGAGGUUGAUGGUUUAGUGAAUGAUUUGUCCCAAAUACAAUGCUUUUAGUUUUUGAAAUAUUUAGGACUAACUUAUUCCUUGGUACCCAUUCUGAAAUAAGUGUUGCAGUGAUUUCACUCGCUGUAGUAGCUGACGUGUAUAGUGUUGAGUCAUCCGCAUACUUAUCCACAGUAGCUUUGCUCAAAGUUCAAACACUGAAAAAAGUAAGGGGCCUAGACAGCUGCCCUGGGGAAUUCCUGAUUCUACCUGAAUUAUGUUGGAGAGGCUUCCAUUAAAGAACACCCUCUGUAUUCUGUUAGACAGGUAACUCUUUAUCCACAACAUAGCAGGGGGUGUAAAGCCAUGACACAUACAUUUUUCCAUUAGCAGACCAUGUGAGAUAAUGUAAAAAGCUGCACUUAAGUCUAACAAAACAGCUCCCACAAUAUUUUUAUCAUCAAUUCUCUCAGCCAAUCAUCAGUCAUUUGUGUAAGUGCUUGUUGAAUGUCCUUCCCAAUAAGUGUGCUGAAAGUCUGUUGUCAAUUUGUUUACAGUAAAAUAGCAUUGGAUCUGGUCAAACACAAUUUUUUCCAAAAGUUUACUAAGGGUUGGUAACAGGUUGAUUGGUCGACUAUUUGAGCCAGUAAAGGGAGCUUUACUAUUCUUGGGUAGCGGAAUUACUUUUGCUUCCCUCCAGGCCUGAGGGGACACACUUUCUAGUAAGCUUAGAUUGAAGAUAUGGCAAAUAGGAAUGGCCAUAUCAACCACCAUUAUCCUCAGUAUUUUUCCAUCCAAGUUGUCAGACCCCGGUGGCUUGUCAUUGUUGAUAGACAACAAUCAUUUUUUCACUUCUUCCACACUCACUUUACAGAAUUCAAAAUUAAACUGCUUGUCUUUCAUAAUUUGAUCAGUUAUACUUGGAUGUGUAGUGUCAGCGUUUGUUGCUUUCAUGUCAUGCCUAAGUUUGCUAAUCUUGCCAAUGGAAAAAUAAUUAAUGUAAUUGGCAAUAUCAGUUGGUUUUGUGAUGAAUAAACCAUUUGAUUCAAUGAAUGGUGGAGCUGAGUUUGCCUUUUUGGCCAAAAUUUCAUUUAAGGUGCUACAAAGCUUUUUACUAUCAUUCUUUAUUUCAUUUAUCUUUGUUUCAUAGUGUAGGUUCUUCUUCUUUUUAUUCUGUUUAUUUGCAGUACGUUUGGUAAUCGGUUAUGCAGCCAGACUUACUUGCCAUUCCUUUUGCCUCAUCCCUAUCAACCAUACAAUUUUUCAAUUCCUCAUCAAUCCACAAGGAUUUAACAGUUUACAGUCAUUUUCUUAAUGGGUGCAUGCUUAUUAGUAACUGGAAUAAGCAAUUUCAUAAAUGUGUCAAGUGCAGCGUCUGGUUGCUUCUCAUUACACACCACAGACCAACAUAUAUUCUUUACAUCAACAACAUAGGAAUCACUACAAAACUUAUUGUAUGACCUCUUAUACACUAUAUUAGGCCCAGCCUUUGGAACUUUAGUUUUCCUAGAUAUGGCUAAUAUAUCGUGAUCACUAAAUCCAAUGGAUUUGGAUACCGCUUUAAAGCAAAUUUCUGCAGCAUUAGUAAAGAUGUUGAUUAUUUAAUUCCUGUACUAUUUGUAACUACCCUGGUAGGUUGACAGAUAACCUGAACCAGGUUGCAGGCACUAGUUACAGUUUGAAGCUUUCUCUUGAGUGGGCAGCCUGAUGAAAGCCAGUCAAUAUUUAAAUCACCCAGAAAAUAUACCUCUCUGUUGAUAUCAAAUACAUGAUCAAGCAUUUCACACUUUAUAGAGAUACUGGCUGUUAGCACUUGGUAGUCUAUAGCAGCUUCCCACCAGAAUGGUAUUUAGGUGAGGCAGAUGAACCUGUAGCCAUAUUACUUCAACAGUAUUGGACAUGAUAUCCUCGCUAAGCUUUACAGGAAUGUGGUUCUGAAUAUAAAUGGCAACACCUCCACCUUUGGCAUUUCUGUAUUUUCUGUAGAUGUUAUAACCAUGUAUUGCUACCACUGUAUCAUCAAAGAUAUUAUCUAAGUGAGUUUCAGAGAUUGUCAGAAUAUGAAUGUAAUCUGUUACUAGCAAAUUAUUGAUUUCAUGAAUCUUGUUUCUUAAGCUACUUAUGUUAACGUGGGUGAUUUUUAGCACUUUUCUGGGAUGCUUGAUUGUUUUCAUUGCUUUACUGGGUAGAUUAGCAGUGGUUAAGAGCAUCGGGCCAGUAACCAAAAGAUUGCUGGUUCAAAUCCCCAAGCUGACUAGGCGAAAAAUCUAUUGAUGUGCCCUUGAGCAGGGCACUUAACCCUAUUUGCUCUGGAUAAGAGUGUCUUCUAAAUGGCUCAAAUGUUAAUUCUAGGCUCAUAGAGCAGCCCUGCAGUGGCUCUGUUAAAUGCACCUUGUCUCAGGUUGAGCUGGACUCGGUAAUUACCCAACAAGAUCUCAUAGUUUCCCAUUGAAAUUUGACGUAUUAUGGAUGAACGUCUAUUUUUGACACAUUCAUUCCAUGUGGUUACAGGGUUAAUUCCGCAUGUUUAGAGGGUUAAAACAGAAACAACUCAAAGGGUUAAGUUUAGGUAUUAAGUAUGAGUGGUUAAGGUUAUAGAUUAGCCCCAAAGCAAGUCGCAAACACGCCUGGGAGGCAUGAUGCUCUGGUAGUGGAUGCUGUUGCAAAUAAACACAUAUCUUUCUAUCGCCAUGAGCUCCAGAGUCAUCUGAGAGCUCAAAAACACAAUAGCCAUAAAAACAAAAUUAUGCCCACAAAUUACAGUACGUUGGAGCAGAAGAAAGUACAACACAGGGAAUGCUGUAAUAAUGCUGUAAUAACGCCAACAGAUUAAGGUGUAGGACGGCUGCCAGAAGCGCUCUUUAAGUCUCAUCAAUCCAAUGAGUAGGUAGCUGUUCAUCGCCAGAGUGAGGAGAAAUAGAAUGAAAAGAAUCAGAAAGAAAAAUAUUUUCCCUGCAACGAUGUGCCAGAAAAAAACAGGCAGAGAGAUCAAGCUCGUCUAGAACAGUUGUCAUGUUGAGAUGGUGUGAGAUAUAGAAAGAGCAUGCGGUACUGUUGAGCUUUGUUGAAGCCAUGAUGUAGGACUGACUGAUCAGUUGCAGUAGCAGUAGUACAGUAGUCCUUAGAUCUUGGAGGGAAAGUGCAAAGUGUCUACAACUUACUCCAUGUAUGCAGCCCUUUGGUGGGAGGUCAUUCAACAGUGAUUGAUGAACUAAAACCCAUUCAACCACAAUACUUAUCAAUCCUUGUCUGCUCAGAGGAAUUGCAGGUUCAGCUUAGCCUGGUCCCAGAUCGGGUUGUGCUCUUCCCAGCUCCAUCAAUCAUCAUUGUCAGUGAACCUGCUCAAACAGUCCAAACAGUUUAACCUCACAACAAUCUCAGGUCUCUAUUUUCAGCUGGUGUUAAGCCAGCACAAUUGUCAAACGCACGCUCCUUGGCAAUUUCGACCGCCGCUCUGCUAUUUUCUAUCACUUGCGCCAGGAUUGGUAAUUUACCUGUUUUAUUGGCGCUCGCUUGUGCUGAGGUGGGAGGCAGUGGCAAUAUCUGAGGUGUGUCCUUAAAAACGUGCGCCAAAGUGCCAAUGUCAGGCAGUGCUGGUGGAGAUAUUCAAGACCAACCAAUAGCUGGUCUUAGAGGUUACGUGAUUGGUUAUGGCAUGGAUUUUGACAGAGAAUCCAGCCAUGAUGCACACUGCCCAUAUGCGCAUGGAACAAGAGAUAUGUGCUUUUUGUACCCAUAAAGCUUGUAUUUAGAAACAUCAAAAACUAAUGUUUUUCCCCAAUUCGUUUCACUUUAUUAAAAACCAAGCAUAGCCUCCCCUCCUCUCAAUGAAAUUCGUUUUUUUGUCCUGCCCAUUGCAUUCACCAAAUAGUCAAGUUUAUCGAUAAAGGGUUGCUUUGAAAUCAAUCUUAAUCACCAAAGCUGUAUUAGAAGUUUGGGAGCAUCACAAAUGUGAGCUGACAUCCCCUUUUUAUCUGUAUUACAUUAUUUAAGCCAGCUCCUGUAAUUAUUUUGGAUGUGUGUAAAACGACUCAUGUAGGCUACAUGUCCAUAUGCUCAUCAUGGAACGAGAGAUGAGCUGAUUCAGUUGACCCUAUUUAGAAACAUUAAAGUUAUUUUCCUGUAACAAUUGCUUGUUUCCCGUUUCAUGUGAUCAAAAAACAAGCCUUCAGUAGGCUACCCUUACCCUACUAUAAUGAAAUCUGUUUCCACUGCAAUGCGUUGGGUGUAUUUCUUAUCCUGGCCAUGCAUUAGCCAAGGAGCCUAUCCAUAAAAGGUUUCUAAAGUAGGCUUUUGCCAUCAUGCUUUUGCAUUAUUCACAAUUCACAUAGGCCAACUCUUUUUGGCUUGUAUCCUUCCCCAUUUCCAAAGAGCGCCUCGUCAGGUUACAAAGACAUAUUUAAAUUCAGUCAUAUAACGCCAUAUCAACCGUAGGCCUAGGCUAUAUCUUGCUUAUUGAGAACGUGCCUCACACAUACAAUACAAUUUAUGGAAGCCUAGUAUUUUUUAUUUGAGGAGAAGUGCAAUGCUUAAAGACAUGCAUGCCUAUACUCAUUGAAGCCAAUUUCAACAAUGUUGACUGUCAACACUCCAAACAUAUUGAGCAAACACUGGAUGUUUCUUUUAUAUAUCCAGUAUAUUUAUUGUUAUUACUCAUUACUGUAGCCUAUGCUAUUUAAUAAACGAGUAUAAUUCCACAAUGGACUAGGAUGAGAAUAUGCCCUGCCCCCAGCCAAAUUGGAGUUGAUGACAACUAAAAAACCGUCAAUAACCUACAGAACUUGAGACAACAGCAUGCAGAAUUAAGCCAUGAAACGCAUUGAUUGGUCAGUGAGUGGCCAAGCCCUCAUCACACCUCCAAUUAAUUUUUCAUCAAAACCCUGCCCUUUCAUGCCACCGCCAGGUAUUGCGCUCAUAAUUCCCACUGUGAAAAGAGCAAAAACUUUUCUGACACCCCCAGACCUAUAGUGCUACCGCCUGUGCUAAGAUUUACCUUUGCGUUAGGUUUGUUAAAAUAGAGCCCUCAGUGUUCAAGUUGCAGAUUUUGUAAAGGGUCACUGAUUGGUUGUUGAACAGAGCAUUAAUAAUUCCAUUACUUGGUUAAAAAGUGCGUGUCUCUGCUCAACACUGGAGCGUCAUGGUCGUUUAUAGUGCAUACCAACACAGUAAAAUCGCAGAGUUAUCAUCUAUGAAAUUUAAAGACCACUAUGCAAAUUUCUACACCAUUUCCUGGUUCUAAAUUCUUAGGUGCAAGUCUAUUUUCCAUACCAAAAUUUUCAGCGUUAAGCUGUUAAAAACCGAAAGUAAAGACCCAAAACAAAUUAGAAGGGAGCUAGAAAUUACCACUCCUAUUACUUCUUCGAUGAGAAGGUUUAUAACACCUUCUAGGAUUGGUCGGUCGCCCUAAAUUCCAUAUUGGAGCUUUAACUAUUUUGGGUUAUAUGUCCCCCCCCAUUUGUUUAAAUUACUUGGGUCAUGGUGUUGAUAUUUUUGGAGUUAAAAUGACGCUAAAUGGAGUAAAUAUGCAACUCUCACAGUGGCUUAAAUUUAACUCCAAUUGCCAUUUUACUAGUUUAAGUGUCGUUUUUAAUCAACUCCCUUUCCAUGUCACUAUUUUCUGUGUUGUUUUGAAUUAACAAUCAACUACAGAGUACAUUUCUUUACUUCAUUUGAGUUAUAAGGGUGUAAAGCCUUACUUCAAUAUUUCUUAAUGUGUCACAUUAUGGUGGUUUGCAAUGUGAUAUCCAAUCUCUGUUGGAAGCCAACUUGCAGGAGAUAUCCAGCACGUUCACAUCACUCACAACUUGCAUUUAGAAUGGCUGUCAGAGAGCAGGGGGAAAAAAUACAAUUAGGUAUUUUUGGUAUUUUAGUAGGAUCCUCAUUAGCUGUUGCAAAAGCAGCAGCUACUCUUCCUGGGGUCCACACAAAACAUGAAACAUGACAUAAUACAGAACAUGAAUAGACAAGAACAGCUCAAGGACAGAACUACAUACAUGUUUUUAAAAGGCACACGUAGCCUACAUAUCAAUACAUACACACAAACUAUCUAGGUCAAAUAGGGGAGAGGCGUUGUGCCAUGAGGUGUUGCUUUAUCUGUUUUUUGAAAGCAGGUUUGCUGUUUAUUUGAGCAAUAUGAGAUGGAACGGAGUUCCAUGCAAUAAUGGCUCUAUAUAAUACUCUACGCUUUCUUGAAUUUGUUCUGGAUUUGGGGACUGUGAAAAGACCCCUGGUGGCAUGUCUGGUUGGGUAAGUGUGUGUGUCAGAGCUGUGUGUAAGUUGACUAUGCAAACAAUUUGGGAUUUUCAACACAAUGUUUCUUAUAAAAAGAAGAAGUGAUGCAGUCAGUCUCUCCUCAACUCUUAGCCAAGAGAGACUGGCAUGCAUAGUAUUUAUAUCAGCCCUCUGAUUACAAUGAAGAGCAAGACGUGCCGCUCUGUUUUGGGCCAGCUGCAGCUUAACUAGGUCAUUCCUUGCAGCACUGGACCACAUGACUGGACAAUAAUCAAGAUUAGACAAAACUAGAGCCUGCAGAACUUGCUUUUUGGAGUGUGGUGUCAAAAAAGCAGAGCAUCUCUUUAUUACGGACAGACCUCUCCCCAUCUUUACAACCAUUGAAUCUAUAUAUUUAGUCUCCUCAACUUGUUCAACAGCCAAACCAUUCAUUACCAGACUCAGCUGAGGUCUAGAACUUAGGGAAUGAUUUGUACCAAAUACAAUGCUUUUAGUUUUAGUGAUGUUCAGGACCAGUUUAUUACUGGCCACCCAUUCCAAAACAGACUGCAACUCUUUGUUAAGGGUUUUAGUGACUUCCUUAGAUGUGGUUGCUGAUGCGUAUAUGGUUGAAUCAUCAGCAUACAUGGACACACAUGCUUUGUUUAAUGCCAGUGGCAGGUCAUUGGUAAAAAUAGAAAAUAAUAGAGGGCCUAUAGAGCUGCCCUGUGGUACACCACACUUUACAUGUUUGACAUUAGAGAAGAUUCCAUUAAAGAAAACCCUUUCAGUUCUAUUAGAUUGAUAGCUCUGAAUCCACGAUAUGGCAGAGGUUGAAAAGCCAUAACACAUACGUUUUUUCAACAACAGGUUAUGGUCAGUAAUAUCAAAGGCUGCACUGAAAUCUAACAGUACAGCUCCCACAAUCUUCUUAUUAUCAAUUUCUUUCAACCAAUCAUCAGUCAUUUGUGUCAGUGCAGUACAUGUUGCGUGCCCUUCCCUAUAAGCAUGCUGAAAGUCUGUUGUUAAUUUGUUUACAGAGAAAUAGCAUUGUAUUUGAUCAAACACCAUUUUUUCCAACAGUUUGCUAAGAGCUGGCAGCAAGCUUAUAGGUCUGCUGUUAGAACCAGUAAAGGCUGCUUUACCAUUCUUGGGUAUCGGAAUUACUUUGGUUUCCCUCAAGGCCUGACCACAAAGACUUUCCUGUAAACUCAGAUUAAAGAUAUGACAGAUAGGAGUGGCUAUAGAGUCAGCUACCAUCCUCAGUAGCUUUCCAUCUAAGUUGGCAGUGCCAGGAGGUUUGUUAUUAUUGAUCAAUACCAUACAUGAAGACUACCUGCACCAUGUAAACUGAACAACUAUCUCUCUAAUGGUUGCUAUAAAUCCAACCAUUUACAGAUUGGAAUUGUUUAGAAAAUGUAUGUUUCUUAUCUUUGUGUAGCAUAAGAUCAAAAGCACUCAAUGUAUAUGCGAAAACACAGAUAUUGAAACAAACAAUUGAAAAAAUCUACCUGCAACAGAGCAUGCUGAGACAUAUGACAAUGAGGCCCCUCCCACAUCUGUGGAUAACUCCGUAGAUGUCUCCGGUUACUCUUAAUGGAGUUAAAAGUACUGCGUCCCAAUGAACUCCAGUUAUCAACACUAACCCCAGGGAAUGUAUCACUCUCUUGAGGGUUAAAAUAACUCCUAGUAGAGUCAAUUUAACCCUAAUUAUUGUAACAACUAUCCUUGAGUUAGGGCUCUAUUCAGCUUUACAGAUUCCACGAUAGAAAUGUAAAGGUCAUUUCCGAUUGAGCUGACAUUUGGAGCGUUUACUGUCAAUGUAGUCUCCACUAAAGAACAUUGCCUUUAAAUUUCAAUCACGCUGUAAAGCUGAACUUCCGCGAUGCGGAUUGAAUAGAGCCCUUACUGUGUAGCAAAUUGUUUUGCAACAGAUAAUGAAAACAAGCCUUUCUUAUUUGACAACUUCAGCUAGUCCCUCCCAGGCAACAAUAAGUUGUGAUUCUGGGUGGCAAGGUUAAGUGGUCAAUAAUACACCUACUUGUUCCAUUUGGAGCCAGUGGUUGUCAUUCAGGAUACCAUGUCAUGGAGAUGUCCAUCAAACACAUUUGGCCUAAGUGAUCCUCCCAUCUUACAGAGCACACACACAUAUAGACAGAUGAGGUUCUAUCUGAAAGUUGUAUCUGUCCUCUUCUUCAUCUUUUCACCCAUAUUGUCUUUCUUCUCCUCUCCUGUCCCACAGUAUAAAGACGGUAAGAAGUUGAAGCCCAAGCCCAACUACAACAGUGUGGACCUGGCUGAGGUGGAGUGGGAGGACAUAGAUGAGACAGUGAGUAUUAACAGUAUUAAUAAUACAUAGAUCUUCUAUAGCGCUUUUCUAAAAACCAAAGAAGCUUUACAAUAAACGGAAACAACAAUGAGUGAGGCUGGGUAUAAAACAGGAAGGAAACACUGAAUACACAUAUACAGGGGUGGAUUUGGAGGCUGGUUUCAAAAUGACGUUAAGGGGCCCCCCAAAAUUGCAAUUUUCCCACGAACAUUACCUGCAAUGAUUAUUGAAAAUAUUUAUUUUAUUAUGAUUUUAAUUUCAGGAUUUUUUUAAAUACAGCCCAUAUAAAGUUGUUUUGAACACAUUUGCGUUAAAAAUCAGUCAGUGGGGCCGUUUCAUUUGAAACCUCUGAAACAUAGAAAAGUCAGCUCCUGCACAUGCAGUAUACUGUACAUACCAUAUCACAUUAUUCACUGACAACACAAUGAAUAUAUUUAAUACAGUAGAACACCUGUACCUAUUCUAGGUAUGAAUGUAUUGUUCUGGGCUUUAACUGUGCUGGUAAGGUAACUGAAUAAAAGUUCAACAGAAAUUGUGUGCGUUACUGUGUGUGUUCUUUCCAGCUAAGGACAGCCAUGGUGAAAGGGGAGAUGGGCACUCUGUCUUUAAACGUGAGAGCAUCAGUGGACAAAGCGGUAAUUGAGACCUUGUGUGUGGGGAGAUUAAAUGUGGCUCAGUGGUUUAUG